AGCUCUUCCUGCUAUUGGUUGACUUCACUUCCAGCGUUAGCACAAUCUCAUCCGCUCCAAACACUGCUCAGUGGAACCUCAACUUAACACACUCAUCGCCAGAAAAAAAAAACCUCACACAUACACAUUGCAACUGAAAUUCGUUAAAAAAAAAAAACAGGACUAUAUAGUCCUGUGCUACAAUGGCGAGCACCAUCAAGGAGGCGCUGUCUGUGGUAAGUGAGGAUCAAUCCCUGUUUGAGUGUGUCUACAGCGUGGCCCAGCAGGCCAAGCCGGACAUGACAGCAUCAGCAGUAAGUGAGUAUGGCCAGAGUAAGCUGAGUCCCCGAGCAGCACAACAGGACUGGCUUGCGUCUCCGCCUGGCCGUGUCACCAUCAAGAUGGAGUGCAACAACGGAGGAGGAGCAGGAACCACGGGAGGAGGCGGAGGUGGAAGAGUGGGUCAGGUGAAUGGCUCUAGGAGCUCUCCAGAUGACUGCGGUGUGGGGAAAGGAAAGAUGGCAAGUGGAGGCGAUGGUGCUCCUAUGACCUACAGCAGCUACAUGGAGGACAAACAUGCUGCCCCUCCCAAUAUGACGACCAACGAGCGUAGAGUCAUUGUACCUGCAGACCCAACUCUAUGGACGCCGGAUCAUGUGCGUCAGUGGUUGGAGUGGGCUGUAAGAGAGUACGGCUUGCUGGAGGUGGACGUCUCGCUUUUCCACAGCAUCGAUGGCAAGGAGCUCUGCAAGAUGAGCAAAGAUGACUUUCAGCGACUCACACCCAGCUACAACGCUGACAUCCUACUGUCUCAUCUCCACUACCUACGGGAGACUCCACUUCCCCAUUUGACUUCAGACGAUGUUGACAAAGCCUUGCAAAACUCGCCACGGUUAAUGCAUGCACGUAACACAGGAGGUGCAAGCUUCAUCUUCCCCAACACGCCUGUCUACCCGCCUGACACUCCCAGAGUCCCUGCAAGACCAGAUUUGGCUUAUGAAGCUGCGAGACGAUCGGCAUGGCCACCCCAGUCAGCGUCAACCAAUAAAGUUUCACAGUCCUCACCAGCCAUUGUAACCAAAACAGAGGAACAAAGACCACAGCUUGAUCCAUAUCAGGUUUUGGGACCAACAAGCAUCAGGCUGGCAAACCCAGGUUCGGGCCAGAUCCAGCUGUGGCAGUUCCUGCUGGAGCUGCUCUCGGACAGCGCAAACUCAAGCUGCAUCACAUGGGAGGGCACGAAUGGGGAGUUCAAGAUGACCGACCCUGAUGAGGUGGCUCGGCGCUGGGGAGAGCGUAAGAGCAAACCCAACAUGAACUACGACAAGCUGAGCCGUGCUCUGCGCUACUACUACGACAAAAACAUCAUGACCAAAGUGCACGGCAAGCGCUAUGCCUACAAGUUUGACUUCCACGGCAUUAACCAGGCCACACAGCCUCAUCCUCCUGAGUCAGCCAUGUACAAAUACCCUUCUGAUCUGCCCUAUGUGAGCUAUACGCAGAAAAUGAACUUUGUGUCACCUCACCCCCAGGCGCUGCCUGUCACGUCCUCCGGCUUCUUCGGUGCACCAAACCCUUACUGGAACUCACCCGGAGCCGGCAUCUACCCCAGCCCACGACAUCCAGCCACCCACAUGCCUCCUCACCUUGGCACCUAUUACUAGGUGUCUCAGUGUAGACAGGAAAAUAACAGCAUCUCCCCAAAGUUUAACUGGAGCUCCCCCAAGAGGCUGAAAAUAACAGCUUCGUGUUGAGCCAGGGAACUUGAUAUGGUGGUGUAAUUAUCUACACAGGAGGAGUACAUGGGAAAAUAACCGUGGGAUGUUGUAACCAAUACCAGUUCUUAAUUAAAUUUAGACCAGUGAGUCUAAAUUACAGCAGAUUAUCCAAGAAAUGCAAAAUAACAAUGCAAACAAAAGGUCCUGCACAAUUUGGCUACAAUGCAAGUAAAAAAAAUUCAAGGUCAAGUAUCUUGUACAUGCUGCCUGGAAGCAUGCAACAAUUCUUAUGGGCAUAAGAUUGCCUCUGGACAUGUUCAAGACUGGGAGGGCAGAAAUAGGUCAUUUAGAGAAUGUGAAAGAGGACAAUUGAGCAAGUUGCAUUUAUGUAAAAAAAGGGCUUUUAAUUCACCAAAGAUAAAAAGUGUAGGUGCAUGAACAGUUAUGAUAUAUUCUAUAUGUUUUAAGUGUUAAACUACCUUAAUUUGAACAAACAUAUCAGAGAGAGUUAGUAGGAUGUAAAUGAAAUAAAAGGUGGUUAAGGUGUGAAAGUAAGAAAUUGACUCAUAGUGAGAAAAAAUAGAAAAUGUUGACUAUUAGUCAGGGAACAAGAUGAAGGAAAGAUAAAGAAAGUAUUAAGUAUUACUGCUUUGGAUAUAAACUGCCAUAUUUAUCAGUAUUAUACUACAUAGUAGUUCAUAUGGCAUUAUAGAGAGUAAAGAAGGGACAUUCACUUGAUUGUUUACUCCAUAAAGGAAAGAACCUUGAAAAUGAUUUUGUAAAAAAAAAAAGAAAAACUGGAAAGGGAAAGUUUCUUUAAGUGUUUUUAAUGACCUCAAACAUUUUUAGACAGAGGUGGAUUUUUUAAAUCAGCGCCUUUUUGAAGUUCUUCACACAUUUGGUGGAGGUUUUACCAAAUACCAGUUUAUGUGUUAUUAUUAUUUUCUGAGUCGCGAACGCUGUGCGUUUGUCAGAUCGAAGUAUACAAUUCAGUGUUAUAUUUCAUUUUAUAUGAUAGAUAUAUAACUUAUGCAUUUAAACACUACGAGUUGAUCUCAGCCAGCUGAAUACAGACAUUUAUAUGAUCGUUUUUAGGGGGGGGGAAUACACGGACCAAAAUUUGCAAAAAUAAGUGAACAGCUGUGGCCUUUGAACUUUAAGCUCUAUAUAUGAUUGUUUACAAAUGUAAGCCAUGUGUGCUGAUGUAAAUUGAAUUGUUUGUGAAAGCUGGUCUGGUUUGGCAUUCAGACCCGUCUCAGUUUUAAUAGCAUUUACAGACAUUUAAAGGAAAAAGAAAAUCUGUAAUUGUCUAAUGACUGUACAACUGGACUGAUGCGCUGAGAUUGCUGACAAAUGGAGGAAAACAUACUUUCAUAAAUUAUAUGAUUUUCUACUGAGUAAAUUUAAUAAACUAUUUUAAAACCAAA